AUGGCAGCGCCACCGCCCUCGUACACCAAGGUCACUCACUCCGCCACAUAUGCCAGCAUCAAUCCAACUCAGCCCGGCCUCUCCACUGCGGGCAAGGUUGUGCUGAUCACUGGCGCAUCUGGCGGCAUCGGCCGGGCCACGGCCUCAUCCUUUGCUGCAUCGGGUCCCCGAGCCCUCAUCCUCCUCGGUCGACGUGCCGACGCCUUGGCGGAAACCGCCACGAUUGUCCGCGCUAGCUACGCAGAGGUGACGAUUCAAACUCACAACGCUGAGCUGUGCGAUGCUUCGGGCGUACGCAAUGCCAUGAACAAGGUGGCUGCCGAGUUUGGCGGCAUCGACAUCCUCGUCCACUGUGCCGGCGUCCUGGCCCCCGUUGUUCCCCUUCUGGAAGCUGACCCGGCUACUUUUCUGGACGGCUACAAGACUACCGUUAUCGGUACGCUGGUGACGGCACAGGCUGUCGUCCUGGCAAACAAGACAGUCAGCGCUAACGAGGACAAGCCAGUCACCUUUAUCAAUCUAACCACGGCCGGCAUCCUGUUCCCCCCUUUCGCCGGCAUGGGCGCCUACGUGAGCAGCAAGAUGGCCGCCGUCAAGCUCUUACAGGCCUUUGCCGCUGAGAACCCGCAAGUGCGUCUUCACAAUGUGCAUCCCGGACUCCUCCAAACGGCCAUGUCUGCCAAGCUGGCAGAGACGAUAAAACUGCCAUAUGCCUAUGAUGACAUCUCCCUUCCCGCCGACUUCCUUGUCUGGAUUGCCUCCCCCGAAGCAGAGUUUCUCAAAAACAAGAUCGUCUUCGCCGCUUGGGACGUUGAUGAGCUCAAGGAUCGCAAGAAGGAGAUUGUCGGUGGCCCGCCGGGAACUGGUGAGCUCUGGCUCGGCUACCAAGGAUUCCCACGAUUUAUGGGUGGCCAGCCUUUGCCAGGCACCCAGUAG